AUGACAUCUCAAGCUUUUGAAGAAGGCAGCAAAAAGAGUGGUGAUGUGAUAAGCAAGACCAGUACCACACAGGGCACUGAGCUGAGAAUGUGGCUGGGGAUCGCAGUUCUAAUUUCUCUUGCUGUAUGCUUGGCUGUGGAGGAGGCAACUGUUGAUGAAGGAAUCCCUUGCUCAAAGUACCAGCUAGCUUUCAACCAUUCAUGCUAUGAGUUUGUUAGACUCCAGCGUACAUUCACAAGUGCCCAGAGCUGGUGUGAGAGAGGAGGAGGGCACCUUGUCUUUAUUGAAAAUGAGGAAACUCAAGAGUUCUUGCAAAAACAUAUUGCUGAGGAUCAGGAAUGGUGGAUAGGACUGAUCUCAAACUCCUUGCUGAAUGAAACUACUGACGGGUCAAUGAUUUGGCUGGACACUUCAAAUAUAAGCUACAAUAACUGGUACAAGGAUCAGCCAUCUCCCUUCUCAUCCACUUGUGGGUACAUCCUGAAGAAUGCCAAGUAUCAGUGGGGCGUGACUGAAAAUUGCAGCCAGGAAUUUGACUUCAUUUGUGAGUUUGAAUCUGGCCAGAGCAUUGCUUGUGAAAAUCACAAUGCCACUGUACAAUGUGGAUCAGGAGAAGUUAUUCAAAUUGGAGAGAGCUUCUAUGGACGGAAGACCCCUCACUACUGUGUAUCAGAGACUCCUCUCCAGUAUGAUACAGAUGAAGACUGUAGCUGGAUCAGCGUCAAAGACGAAGUAGCAGGCCAGUGUCAUGGUCUUCAGGCCUGCCAGGUGGCAGCGGAUGGCACUUUCUUUGGAGAUCCUUGUCCAGCUUCCAGAAGCUAUUUGUCUAUUCAAUACCACUGCAAGGAAGGUCUGCAGCUCGUUGUAACAGAUACAUGCUUUGUCUUUGAAAGUAUCACGGUCAGUUUGAACUGGCUGCUCUCUCCAUACUCUGGCAACCUUUCCUGUAUCAUUAGCACUGGAGAUGGCCACACUAUUGAUCCUUACUACCCUCUAACACUGCUCAGCAACGUCACAUAUAGAUAUUCAUCUCCUGGAGAAUUUACUGUUUUUGUGGAAUGUACCACCAGCGAAUGGCACGUGACGGCACAGAAGCGGGUGACUGUACAAGAUAAGAUGGAUCAACUAAGCAUUACUGGGUGCUAUAGCCAGUACGAAUCUGGGAACAGCUCUCACUGCCGUACACUGUAUGGGCAGUUGUUGUGGAUUCAAGUUGGACUCAAUGGAGGCAACGGAGUGACCUACAUUAUAUUAGCAGAUAACAUGACACUCACUGAAUCCAGUGCAAAGGAAGGAAUUGUCCCUCACAAUCUGACACUUGACAGUGCCUCUCAAGAGCUGCUAGGCCCAGGGAUACAUCAGCUGGAAAUCCGAGCAUCCAGCAACACAACCUCAUUGGAGAUCUCUGAGAGCAUUGCUGUUCACUUAAUUGAGCCAGUAUCUGGUCUUCAGGCUGCAUUAGCUUCUCACACCCUGCAACCGGGAGAGAAUUUGGAGAUAAAUGUCUCUCUGUCUCAUGGUGCCCCAUAUAAGCUGAAGUUUGAGAUGAUUGGUUCUAAUGAAACUCACUCGUACAACGAAGACGGCCCUCAUGGGGAACCUCGAAUGUACAUCAUUCCCGUGCACUCUGAAGGUACUUACCUAGUGAAAGUGGUGGCCAUGAAUGCCUUCUCAAACAUGAGUCUAGAUCUUGGGUUCAUCACUAUAUUGGCAAACAGUUCUCAUAAAGAAGAUUCUGCUAAGGAAGAAGGCAGCUCCAAAACAAAUAGCCAAAAGACAAAUGAUCACAAAAGAGAAAACAAAAUAUAUAUUAAACCGAGUCGCCAUGUGGAUCCUUUCACAACCGUUACACUUGGCUGGCCAGACAACAACAAUAAUUCCAGUUUUCUCUGGUCCUGUGGAGCUUGCUGGCCUGAGUGGAACGAAUGUGUGCAGCAACAGAUAAUCCUAACCAACCAAACUGAGGUGCAAAUCCCACCUUCCUGCCUUCCUCCUCCAAAGUCGGCAGUGACUGUCAGGGUUACAGUCCGAAACCAUGGCAAUGAAGAGAGGCAGGACGAGCAAUGUCUCUAUGUGACUGCAAAACAAGAACUGCAGCUAGAAAUCAGGUGUGAGGCAAACUGCAAGCCCGUGAAUGCUAGUGAUGAUGUUGUUUUGAGUGUCUCUGGACAGAAGGACUCCCAGGCCAUAUGUUAUAACUGGUAUUUAGAUAACACAUUCCAAACCAAGUCGCCCCUCCCUCUAGCCUGUGGCCUGACUGGUUUCCGGCAGAACUCUUUGAAUUUGCUUCAAAGCAACACAUCCAUGUUGAAAAUUAACAGUUCCUUCUUGCAGACACAGCGAGAAGCUUUUCAGAUUAAAGUAACAGCAAUGACUCAGCAUGGCUACGGGGAGGAAACAUACCUUGUCAGCACCGUGCCUCCGCCUGAGAUCCCCAGUUGUGCUGUGUCUCCCAAGCAGGGAUCAGUGCUCACCACGUUCACAGUCUCCUGCAGCGCUCCUUGCUUGGUGGAUUCAUGCCAGUCCAGUCGUAACAGGCAGUUCACAUACUGCUUCUACCUGAAAUCAAAUUCUCUCCUGCACUGUGGCCCGGAUCCUGAACUCUUCCCAGUUUAUCUUCCACUUGGAGAAAAGGAAAAUAAUUUCAUUUUACAUAUGAAAAUUACCGUUAGCAACAGCUAUGGUGAUACAGUUCAAACUAAUGCUUCGGUGAAGGUUGGACACACAGAUAUGAUCGAUGGGAACCUGACCCUGCAGGCUAUUGUAUCUGAGAAGGCAAACACCAUCCUAAAAGCUGGGAACAACAGCAUGAGUCUUUUCCAGCUGUAUAAGUCAGUGAUAUCAGUCCUUAAUCAGGAAACCCAAGAGGAAAGCUUUAACGUAUCUUUACAGACGGACACACGAAAAGAGCUCCGAGGGCUGAUGCUGACAACUCUUUCUGCUGUUAACGUAACGUCAGUGCAGACUGCUCUUAAGAUGUCAGAAGUAUUGAAAGAAAUCACUUACAGGAGUGACGAGCUGUCUGUCUCAGCACAGGUGGAAGCUAGCAACACUCUAAAAGAUGUCAGUGCUUCCUUGCUCACUGUAAACACAGAGGACAGCAGAGAUGAUCAGAAGUUAAAAGAUGCAGCCAACUAUCUAUUUAGUGCAGUGAGUAAUGUCCUUAAAGCUUCUCUUUGUUGCAAGUUUCCUCCUCCAAUCCUUUCCCAGAGUUCAAUGUCGCACCAGCUCCUGAAUACAGUUGAAAAUCUACAGAGUGCCCUUCUGUUUGGGAAAGAACCGGAUGAUGAACCAACAGUCCUUACCACUCCUUCUGCCACAAUGUAUAUACACAGAUUACAAACAGAAAACAUGGAUGGCACAUCCAUUAAUAUCUCCAAUUCCAGCUCUGCCAGCUUUACUCUCCCACCUGCUUCCUCUCUCAGUGUUUCAGGAGUUGAUGAUGAAACAGUGGAUAUAAGGAUGGUGAGCUUUGCCGUGAAUCCCUUUUUCUCCAGUGACACCAGUUUUGACAUCAGUGGAACAGUGGGAGGUCUAAGUCUUACUGGCCUGGAUGGCUUGAUCAUACCAGUCAGCAAUCUCAAAGAAAACAUUGAGGUAAUGUUACCAAGGCUUUCAGCAACUCAGGAAGAUAAGAUUCUGUUGAAUCUGGGCAAUUUUAGCGCUUUCCAAGUCAAUGUCACCUCAGAAAACACAUCUAUAGUGAUCCACCUGGAAUCUGAACAUGACAUUCCACUAAUACUCUACUUAGGGUACGGUUAUCAUCCAAAUGAAACUAACUAUGAUAUGAAAAAUCAUCUGUUCUGUAAGAAAACUACUAGAGGUGAGACAAACACCUGGGUUCUUAGCCCAGAAGAACUCAUUUUUGGAGAGGGAACCUACUAUUUCAUGGUUUUACAAGAUAUGGGAAUGGAUUCCACAGUCUAUGACAGGCUAAGUAUAGCUGUCACUUGCUUCGCAUCCCGCUGUGUAUUUUGGGAUGAGCACCAGGGGAACUGGAACAGCUAUGGAUGUCAUGUAGGACCAAAAACAAAUCCUAGAAGCACACAGUGCUUCUGCAACCAUCUGACCUUCUUUGGGAGCUCCUUUUUCAUCGUACCCAAUGCCAUAGAUGUUAGCAAAACUGCACAGCUAUUUGGUACCUUUGUGGACAACCCUGUGGUGGUGACAACUGUAGGAUGCAUCUUUCUGAUAUAUGUGCUUGUAGUUAUUUGGGCUCGAAGGAAAGACAUCCAGGAUGAUGCCAAAGUGAAAAUCACAGUACUGGAAGACAAUGACCCCUUUGCUCAGUAUCGUUAUCUUGUGACAGUUUUUACAGGACACCGCCGCGGGGCAGCCACAACCUCCAAGGUGACUCUCACCCUCUAUGGACUGGAAGGAGAGAGUGAGCCACACCAUCUAACUGAUCCUGAUACACCAGUCUUUGAACGUGGAGGAGUGGAUGUUUUCCUACUCUGUACCUUCUUCCCUCUUGGGGAACUGCAGAGUAUUAGAUUGUGGCAUGAUAAUUCAGGGGACAGUCCAUCCUGGUAUGUGAAUCGAGUAUUGGUCCAUGAUCUGGCAUGGGAUCAGAAAUGGUACUUCCUCUGUAACUAUUGGCUAGCCGUUGAUAUUGGAGAAUGUGUCCUAGAUAAAGUGUUCCCAGUAGCUACAGAACAGGACAUGAAGCAGUUCAGCAAUCUGUUUUUCAUGAAGACCUCCAAAGGCUUCCAGGAUGGGCACAUUUGGUACUCGGUUUUCAGCCGCUCCCCACGAAGCUCCUUCACACGAGCCCAGCGCGUGUCAUGUUGCUUCUCACUGCUUCUCUGCACCAUGCUGACCAGCAUCAUAUUCUGGGGAGUGCCAAAGGAUCCAGCUGAGCAGAAAAUGGAUUUGGGUAAGAUCGAGUUCACAUGGCAGGAAGUGAUGAUUGGCUUUGAGAGCUCCCUCCUCAUGUUCCCCAUCAACCUGCUCAUUGUGCAGAUCUUCAGGAACAUACGAUCCCGGCCAGCCAUGCAGGGGAGAGAGAAGCAGCCGGGAAAGAAUGGUCGAGUGUCCCCAAGCCUACCUCCCACCCCACAGGUCACCCAGGCUGUCUCACUCACUCCAGAGGCCGUGAUAAAGGAUAUAAGAAGAAUUGCCAACUCCCUCUUUAAAGCCCUGAAGACUCCAUCUCUCUCUUCAGUAUCAGAUCUUGGAAAAUCAACUAACAUCAACACACUUUUGGCAUUGGUUGAGGACAUCAUCUGCCAGCAGAACAGAGCUGGGCAAGAGUUUUAUGAUGAGAGCAAAAAGAAGGAUGACCCUAUAAUUGUCACAUUAGGUGCUAUGGAUAUACAAGAAAAAACAAGAAGCCCAACUCCAGAGAAGGGAAUGUGUGAGCAACUGAAAUACAGUGAUUACAAUCGCUGCUUGUACAUUCAACUCCAGCAUGUAGAGAUGGAGCUGGAAUUACUGGGGCCCCAUAAAUUUCAGAUGCCUCAGAGUUACACACAAGCUGUUCGUCAGGUUCAGCACAUGAAGAACCUCCUGGAGAACCAGAUUUGCUCAUCAACGUGGUCCCUUACUCCAAGCUUCUCCAGUGAUGGCAAGAAAAGUUCUUCUUCCAAAGGGCUGCCCUGGUGGUUUGUAUUCAUUGCUUGGUUCCUUGUUGCAGCCACCAGUGGUGUCUCUGGGUUCUUUACCAUGCUCUAUGGGCUGCAUUACGGCAAGGAGAACUCCAUCAAGUGGCUGAUCUCCAUGGCCAUCUCCUUCUUGGAAAGUCUUUUCAUCACACAGCCCUUAAAGGUGCUGGGAUUUGCUGCUUUUUUUGCUCUGGUUCUGAAGAAGGUGGAACAUGAGGAUGAAGAAAACACAGCUAUUGUUGGGCCUUUAUCUGCACCAGGUGAUUCAAAUCCUCUCUUUGGAGCCCGAAGGGACAGUAGAAGCAAUAUUUACCGGCCACCUCCUGCAGUUGAUGUGGAGAAAAUGAAAAUCAGCUGCAUGAAGGAGCAGAAAGCAUUUGCCCUCAUCAGAGAAAUCCUGGCCUAUCUGGGGUUUUUAUGGAUGCUGUUACUGGUUGCCUAUGGGCAGAGAGAUCCCAAUUCCUACUACUUAAACAAACACAUUGAGAACAGCUUUACAGAUGGAUUCCACGAUGUCUACAGUUACCAGGAUUUUUUCACGUGGGCAAACACUACCUUAGUCAAAAAUCUUUAUGGAUCAUAUAAAGGAUUCAUUACAGAUGGCAAUUCCAAGCUGGUGGGUAGUGCUCGAAUUCGCCAAGUAAGAGUGAAAGGAGACACCUGCCCUAUUUCCCAAACUCCAUGCCAUGCUCCAUAUUCCCUACAAACAGAAGAUACAUCAGAUUAUGGAGAACACUGGAAUACUUCGGUCAUCGAUAACUCCUCUGACUUGAGCUCAGCAUGGCAGUAUCAGAGUCAGUCCAAACUGAGAGGGCACCCCAUCUGGGGCAAACUUGCCAUCUACAGGGGAGGGGGAUAUGUGAUUCACCUGGGAACUGAUCCUAAGACUGCCUCCAGAAUUCUCCAGUACCUUUUCAAAAACGUCUGGCUAGACACCUUCACAAGAGCAGUGUUUGUCGAAUUUACAGUCUACAAUGCCAAUGUGAACCUGUUCUGCAUUAUAAGCCUGAUGUUUGAAACCAAUGCUUUAGGGGCCUUCUUCACAAGCGCAGAGCUGCAAAGUGUCCGGCUUUACCCAUACACCAACAGUCUCCACAUCUUUGUGGUUGCAGCAGAAGUAAUUUAUUUCCUCUUUAUUGUGUACUACAUGAUAGUACAGGGAAAACUGAUGAAGAGUCUGAGAUGGAGAUACUUCCACAGCAAGUGGAAUCUCCUGGAGAUGGCCAUUAUAUUGAUUAGCUGGAGUGCCCUGUCAGUGUUUGUGAAGCGGACAAUCCUUGGGACCCGAGACAUCAACUACUACCAGGAACACAAAGAGGACUGUGUAAGCUUUAAUGAAACAGCAAGAGCUGAUGCAGUUCUUGGCUACCUGAUUGCAUUCCUAGUGCUUCUCUCCACAGUGAAACUGUGGCAUCUCCUGAGGCUCAACCCUAAACUAAACAUGAUCACUUCAACUCUAAGGAGGGCAUGGGGUGAUAUCUCUGGAUUCAUCACUGUUAUUGCAAUCAUGUUCCUCGCCUAUUCCAUUGCUACAAACUUGAUAUUUGGCUGGAACCUCUACUCUUACAAAACUCUCUUCGAUUCUGCAGAGACCAUGGUCAGUCUUCAGCUGGGAAUCUUCAACUAUGAGGAGGUCUUGGAAUACAAUCCAAUUUUAGGCUCAUUCUUAAUUGGAUCCUGCAUAAUUUUCAUGACAUUUGUGGUACUAAAUCUGUUCAUUUCGGUGAUUCUGGUUGCUUUUAGUGAGGAGCAGAAGCACUACCAGGCUUCAGAAGAAGAGGAGAUUGUUGAUCUAAUGCUAAUGAAACUUUUCAGUUUCUUCGGGAUUAAAUGCAAGAAGGAAGAGAAGCCAGUCACUAAUGAUCAAUUGAAAUAA